UUUUUCAAUGCUUUGGGAAUUUAAUUUACGCAGGCACUUUUCGUACGGAAUGUAAGAUCGCAAGCGAGCUGGUGUACUUUUUGUACUUUUAAUACAUCGCACUAGAAAAAGACUACGUCUACGCGCUUGCGAACUUGAAUGGUGCUGACGAAGCAGCUCUGUUGGCAAACUGCUCGCUGCCGUUUCUAAAUAUAUGGAGACCUUCAAAGCAGAUUUCGUACGAAAGGUUUCGGUGUUCUCCGAAUUCUAUUUCCUAGCUCCUUUGGAGGCUAUGACACUGCAUGACAAAAAUACACGAUGUCCGCAAAAAUACAACAAAAUACGCGAUGAAGCAAUUUUUGCACAUUGGCAUCCGACGAAAUUUUGGCAGAUUUGUAAACGCGCUCGAGCGAUCGUACGAAAAGGGCGACAGAAUCCGCCAGAUAUGUCGAAAACUUCGAAAACGGUACAGGCUUUAUGGUUUCGAGUCAAAAAAAUCCAAUCCAGACCAAGCCGUAAAUGGCGGCCUUCGCCGGUUUGUUUGGUGUCUGUUUUUGUUUCGAUAAUAUUUUGGUCUUGGUGCAUAUCUCGAGCUGACGAAUUUAACGAGGUUAAUGCGAGUUCUUGAGCUCCGCCGGCUCGCCUUGCACACGUCUCUUCUAGUUCGCCAGCCCGUAUCACGACUCUGUCACCGGCUCUCGAGCAUGGACCUCUGCGGCGUCCUAAAGACCCUCGAGCGCAUGGCGCCGCUACGCCUGGCCGCUCCCUGGGACAACGUGGGCCUUCUCGUCGAGCCGAGUUCGUGCCGCGUCAGGACGGUCCUCCUCACCAACGACCUCGUCCCCGAAGUCGUCGACGAAGCCGUGAGCCUCGGCGCAGACCUCAUCGUCUCCUACCACCCUCCCAUCUUCGUGCCUCUCAAGGCGCUGCGGCAGAGCUCGUGGAAGGAGCGCCUGCUCGUGCGCUGCAUCGAACGCCAGAUCGCCGUGUUCUCUCCGCACACGUCGUGGGACGCCGUCCGCGGGGGCGUCAACGACUGGCUGGCGUCGUGCUUUGACGGGGCGGCGGACUCCGAGCCCGUCGAGAAGGACUCCGUCGACCCCGACGCCGGAAUGGGCCGCCUUCUACGGCUGAGGGCGCCGGUUACCGUCGGAGAGGCCGCGGCUCGCGUCAAGGCGCACCUCAAGCUGCCGAGCGUGCGGCUAGCGCUGGGUUCCGGGCGGACGGCUGAAUCGACGGUGCAGGCCGUGGCCGUGUGCGCCGGUUCCGGCGGCAGCGUGCUCAAGGGUGUGGCCGGGGCGGAGCUGUACCUGACGGGCGAGAUGUCCCACCACGAGGUGCUGGACGCCCAGCAGCGAGGCGUCUCGGUGCUGCUCACCGAACACUCGUACUCGGAGCGAGGCUACCUCGAGCUGUUCGCCGAGAAGCUCCGGCACGAGCUGGACGCGGUCGCCGUGCGGGUGUCGACUGCGGACACCGGACCGCUGGUCGCGCUUUAGGCGGCCGUGUCUCCGUCGUGGUGCUCCGUUGCCACCGCGGCCGACGCUACGGUUCGCGGAAACCAAUCCACUAAAGCCAAAAGUGUGACGUCGCGGCUCUCGUC